AUGCUGGGGCUCCAGUCAUGGCCUUGCUCGCUUUUCCUCCUCUCAGUUCUGCUCUCUGCCAGCGUUCAAGCUAUGUCCUUACCAGGACAGAGGCUACAGAUGCUCCUUUCCCAGCUGCUGCCCCUGGACUCUGAAUCCACGCAGGCCGAAGAAGAGAACACAAAGGAGGAGGGGUCCAGCUCGGGACCUCAGCUGCUCUCCCCCACCCUCCCGUUCCUCCCUUCUGGGGCCAGAGCUGCCCGUGCCCCGCUCUGGCGCAAGACCCUCACCAGUCGCAAGUGGGCACUCUCUGGAGACUGGGCCUGGAAGGCCAUGCCCAGGGGCUGCUUUGGGCUGAAACUGGAUCGGAUCGGGACCUUCAGUGGUUUGGGGUGUUAG